UGUUUGCACGGCUGAUCUUUGAGGACAUGGUGGUGGAUCAGCAGCCAGUCAAGACAGCAAGAUAACAUCACAACACCAGACACCAGUAUUGCAACAACUGGGACUAAAACGGCAAUAAAUGUGUGCAGCGAGGAUCGCAGCUAAAUGUGGAUUUAUGUGGCAAACCAGCGAUAGGGAAGCAGAUCCUGAUUUAUCACUGUGUUUUGGAAAGAAGACCUAAGGUGGAGCUCUACUGGAACCGUCCUGCCUCCCGGCUAGCCCGCUAACAUGCAACUUUGUGUGUGAAUUUGCACCAAAGCAGGACUAUUUGGACUUACCGAGCUGGAAUUUGCACGGACUCCCACCGUCCCUGUCGGUUUCGCAUCUACCCAUGCAGUUAAAGUCAUGCUGGCCUUUCGUCUUGCAGACAUAGCGGGUUAGCUAGCUAGCUAGCUAGCUCGUAGGCUCGUUGGCGCAGCUGGAAGCCGAACACACAGCGCUUUGGGCCGGCGUGAGCUUUAACGCCAUGCCGCUGGUUGAAAGUGGCCCAUUCGUAGUGCUGGCGUCAGCGAGCUAACGCUAGCUGAGCAUAGCAGGCCGCUUCAGGUCGUCGGUAGCAUUCCCUGGUAGGCUAAUUAGAUAAGUCACAACUCAAAGCGAGAAGCACCUUUAGCCUUGAUUCUUCACUGUGCUUACUUUUUUAUAAGCCCCAAAGGCUGGACUAGCUACGGUCAGGUAGCCUGCUAAUUAGCUAGUUAGUUCGUUAGCGAAUAACGUUAAUGCAAAGCCAUUUGUAGCGCCUGGUGUUGCUGUUGUUUACACUGUACUCGCGUGCAAAUCUCUGCCAGUUACAGUAAGCUUGAAAGAGUGUUAAAGUGUUGUGGAAAUGUCCUAUUUUUUCCGUAUCAAUCUGAGGUACGUUGUUUUGUUCGCGGAGUAAUUUGCACUAGCUAGCCAAAAACACAGCAGUACAGAUAAUAUCGCUAUCAAACAUCACUGUGGUUAAAUUUUCACAUAAGCAGCAUGAGAGACGUUAGCUUGUGUGGGAAUUAUUUAGGUUUUCACAUGUGUAGUAAGCCCAUGUAAACACGUCUGAGCGGUGAGAGGCUUUAGUUAGCAUUUAAUUACACGUUAUUACUAAAUAUCAUUCAGGUAAUCCUGUGUUGAUACCUGAAAUUCAGUUAUGCUAUCUAAAGCAGUCACUUUUAAGUUAUCUUUAAUGAAUUGUCUUUACACAGACACUACAAGACAUGACUGUUGUUGACCUCCUGGAGCAUAGCGAGACAUAUCAGCCAUUCAUUCAUGAUUGAUGACCUUUGAGGAAUCAGGCUGUCCUUUAUCCUUUUCCGCCUCCAGCUAAACCACUGCAUCAAACACUAACAGUCUUUGUGAUAGUAUUUAUUUCUAACCACUAAUGUAAACUAGCGAUACUGGUGUGAGUAUUUGCGUGUUAGUUUUAGCAGCACUUUCUUUGAAACAUCCCACUGACGCCUCACUGGACACUGCUGGCGUGGAUGGGAACAUGAGGAGCAUUUUGUCUGAUCUGAACCAGCAUCCGAGUAGCUUGAAGAUCUGAUCAAAGCACAACAGGAGCCCCAUAGUGUGGACUGAGAACUGAAGAGGAAAGAGAUGAUGAUGAUGAUGGUGGUGGUGGUUAUAAAAGCUGCCCAGUGACAGUGUUGAUCCCACACCCGGAAGCAGGAGUGUCACAAGGGUGCAGACAUGAGUCUCCGCCAGCCCACCUCCACACUGGACAGGCUCAGCAGUCUGACAAUCGGGGACUCGGAGCGCAAAUCCUCUGCCACCCAGCAGAGAGAGCCGCCGGCAGACGUCAUUGCUGAGAGUACAGGUCCUGGUCUUGUCCAGAGAUGUGUGGUCGUGCAAAAGGACCAGCUGGGUUUCGGCUUCACAGUGUGUGGAGAGAGAGUCAAGCUCGUGCAGAAUGUCAGACCAGGUGGUGCAGCAGUGAAGGCCGGGGUCCAAGAAGGGGACAGAAUCAUAAAGGUGAACGGCUCGUUGGUGUCCUCCAUGUCACAUCAGGAGGUGGUAAAGCUCAUAAAAUCUGGAACAUAUGUGGCUCUGACACUACAAGGACCACCUCCAUCAGCUGCCUCCUUGCCCUUGGAGCCCCUCCCCACUGACCUCACAACCAAUCAAAGGACGUCUCUGGGUGGGGAUGCCCCGCCCCCUCCGCCUCCACCUUUGCCCUCUGGACUCAGCAGCACACCCUCCCAAAGAAUCACAGGACCCAAACCACUACAGGACCCGGAAGUACAAAAACAUGCCACUCAGAUACUCAGGAAAAUGCUGGAGCAGGAAGAGGCGGAACUGCAGGGCUUGAUGGACGAGCAGUUGAGGAACCCGUCGCCAUCACUGGAGGAGCGGAUCGAAAGUGCCAAGAGAAGAGCUCACCAAGUCAGGGUCAAGAUUCAGCAGGAUCUGGAGGGAACACGAUCAGAAUCUGUCACAAGCUACGUCAUAGCAGGAGAAGGGCGACUAUCACUGGACUCCAGUGAAGGAGACAUGGAGGCCUUUGAGAGUCCCCACUCCUCCCCCUCAUUUUCCUUCAGGACCCCCCUACACCGACGGCAGAGCUCCGACACACACACCUUAUCCGAUUUGGGUGGAAAGGCUCAGAUCAUCGGCCCGGAGGAGGAGGAUGAAGAAGAUGACGGCUAUGCAUUUAAUGAGAUGGACGGUCCGUUCCAGGAUAUUGAGUUGUUGAAAUCACGACCAGCGCACAUGACGGUCUUCAUGAGAUACGUCUUCACCCAGCUUCUGGACCCAAACCCUCUGCUGUUUUACCUGUCAGUAGAGGCGUAUCUGGGCUCCAGUCCUAAAGACGCCCGCGCACUUGCACCUCAGAUCUGCUCCCAUUUCCUGGAUCCAGAUGCUCCCCUGAAAAUCAAAGUACGAGAGGAGUAUCUCACAGACAUAGAAAAUCGACUUCAUGCCCAAGAGGACAUCAGGGGGCCUCUGUCUGAGCUGCAGCAGCAAGUGCUGCCAGACAUCCAGUACCAGAUUCAAGACUACAGGAACAAGCAGAUGAUGGGUCUUGGCUCUCUGUUUGGAGAAGGAGACCUGCAGCACCUUGAUGGAGACCCAGUGAAAGAGAAACAAGUAGUGGACAGACAGGUCACCGCCCUCUGGGAGAUAUUAUCAAAGCAUGAAGAAGACAGAAGCUCUCCUCUGGCAUCAGCUGUACUGCUAUACCUUCGUCAUUCUGGCAUCAAGCUCAGAGACUCCAAAGUCUUCCCUGGUCUGAGUACAGAGAAGGAGAAGUGGCUCGCUUUCUUGAAGACGAAAAAGCUGAGCGGCACCAAGAAAGAAAAAGAUGGAGAGGAUAAAAAGAGAAAUCCCAUCCUGAAGUACAUCGGCAAACCCCGGGCCACAUCCCAGUCAACAUUCCAUGUCCCGUUGUCACCCACCGAAGUCCGUCCUGGCAGCGUGAGGAACAUCAUUCAGCAGUUUGAGAAUAACACGGACACGCCCGGAGAGGAGGGUGGUGACGCUGCAGACCCACAGAGGCUCUCCUCCAGCAGCCUGGGAGACGACAGCAUGGAGAGCCCUACGGUGUCAGUGCGUCUGGCACGUAGCGAGUCGCUGAAGGCUCAGGGGGAAGGCCGUCGGCGGGGCGUCGCCUCAGGGACUGAGUCUGUCCCUCGCUCUCGUAGCGACGUGGACAUGGAGGACUGUGGGGAGGAGAGGGAAGGGCCAGGCCUCAGGCCGCUGCAGCACAGCGCCUCAUCAUCGGCGUCCAGCAGCUCUGCUCGGUCUCUAGAGAACCCUACACCCCCAUACACCCCUCGGUCUAGACGCAGGAGCAUGGACUCACCGCUGGCCCUGCUGCCGGACGCUGCAGUGCUGGAGGACGAUGUGUGCGACGGUCAGAACUGGCAGGACACAGUUCCUCCUCAGCUCCUGGCAACGCUCAGCCCGAGAGAGGUGGACAGACAGGCUGUCAUAUAUGAGCUGUUCACCACUGAGGCAUCCCACCUGCGAACCUUACGGGUCCUGGACCAGGUUUUUUUCCAGAAGAUGAGAUCUGUGCUGAACUCUGAGGAGCUGGCAUGCAUCUUCCCGAACCUGCACCAGGUCUACGAACUCCACGCAAGUCUGUGUGAGGCAAUGAAGAAGCGAAGAGAAACUCCUAUUGUUCAGGACAUCGGGGAUGUGAUGCUGGCCAGGUUCGAAGGUGCAGCUGGAGACGAGUUUCAGGAAAAAGCGUCCCAGCUGUGCUGCCAGCAGUCUCAGGCUCGGGAGCUCAUCAAAAACAAACGGCGUAAAGACCCACGCUUUGCUCAUAUUAUCCAGGAGUGUGAGGCGAGUCCUCUCUGUCGGAGGCUGCAGCUUAAAGACCUUCUGGUGUCAGAGAUGCAGAGGCUCACCAAGUAUCCUCUGCUGCUGGACAACAUCAUCAAACACACAGAGGCUGCUUCAUCGGACCUCCCCUCACUUCAGCGUGCACAGGCUUGUUGCCGAGGGAUACUGCAAGCUGUCAAUGAGGACGUCAGGGAAACAGAACACCGGCAACGCCUCAGUCAGUACCAACGCAGACUGGAUGCUGCGCCUCAAUUCAAGAGUCUGGAUCUCACCACAAAGAGAAUGAUCCAUGAAGGUCCUCUCACCUGGAAGAUUAGCAAAGACAAGCAGAUCGAGAUCCAGGCGCUGCUGCUGUCAGACUGGCUGGUCCUCCUCCAGAGGGGCCCAGACGAUCGGCUGCAGCUGCGAUAUCCAUCCCGCUGGUUGGGGGGAGGCGGAGGAGGCAGUGGAGACAGCAAGACCUCCUUUAGCCCUCUGGUGAAGCUGGAUUCGCUGCUCGUUCGCCCAGUAGCUACAGACAACAAAGCCCUGUACGUCAUCAGCACCACAGAGAGGCAGAUCUAUGAACUGGUGGCUGGAACAUCGUCAGAGAAAAACACCUGGAAAGAUUUACUUGAAAAGACCAUCUCUUCUGCUGGUGGUUCAUCGCCUCUGAUCAAUCAUGGGUCAAUGCCUAUAUCCUCUCCCAGUAUGCGCAGUGCAUCCCCAGUCUCGACGGGCAGCAACGUCUAUGGAGACAACUCUAUGACGGAGCAGUCAGAUUCCAUGGAGACGCAUUCCUCCAAUGACGACGUCGCGCUCUCGGAUAACACGCCUACGGACCAAUCAGAAGCUUUCAUCUGCGGUGAGAGACAAGCAGUCGGUGUGGCAGAGGCCGCUUUACAAGACGUUGAAACACUACGGCAGCUCAUAUUACGAGAUUUUGAAGAGGACGGUUGGAGCCACGACUCGGACGAUACACCCACCAACGAGACGGCCAAUGAAAGAAGCUCAUUCACUGAAAGGCAGCGGCCGGAGUCUCUGGAGACUGUCCUCAACUUCAGCACCAAUGAAUGGGAGGCUGAGCCGGAAGAGGCUCUGCUCCCAGACGCUGGGCCGCCCAGUGUUCAGGUUGUGAGGAAAGCUAUGGUUGCGGGUUCUUCUUCUUCUGUCCCUGAUGGCAUCACUGAUGAUGUCACCCUCCCCUCCAAUCAAUCAUCCAAGUCAAGAGGCGAAGCCAAAGCGCAGGGGAACACUUUCUACUUGGUAAUGCCGACAGAGCAGGGGGAGACUGCCACUGACGAUCUCAACGACCCUCCCACCCCCACCGCCAGCCACUUCCCUCAGUCCCUGGAGGAAGCGAUGUCACCACAGCCAGAGGAGGAAGCGCCGGCCUGCGCUCCAGCGUCCAACCAAUCAGAGGCUAUGCAACCGGAGCAGGGAGAAGAAACGGGCCAGUCGCAGGCUGGGCAACAGAGUCACGUGAUCAAAAAUGUGGAUGAGAUUUUUCACACGAUUGAGGGGUUGAUGAACAAGUUGCGGCAGCUAAAGGAAAUAGAAAGUGCCCAUCACAAGCUCCUAGAAACCCUCAGAGAACCAUCCGUCUGUCAGGAGUCAGAGGACCAACUGUGUCGCUCUGCAACCGUCUCCAGGACGCCCUCUCUGGAACGUAGCUCAGUGGACGGCAAAGACGGCAGUCCGGCAGAUCCCAAAAUUCUGUCAACUGGAUUCUGAUGUCACUGCACAGUAGAUUUACUUGCAGUCACUCAAUCUGCACUGUUGGCAUACAGACAUACCAAUACAUACCUACUGUCAGACCUGGGCCUCCCCUCGCCCUUUGUUCCCCCUCACACCAACCAGUGGCGCAGAACCCUGGAAAGAUCAUCACAUUUAAUCUUUUAGUUUCUGUUGCCCUUGGAGACCAGGAAAGUGGUCAGACUCACCGAGGUUUCUGAGGUCAGCACAGCCUCUGACUUCUGCCGGAGCACGAGGGAGUCCAGGGAAACGGAGGAACAAGUAUGAAGGAUCAAAAAGACUGAAGACAAGUUGAAGAGAAAUGGAAAAAGUUGGAAGAACUGGAAAGUAUAAAAAUGACCAAGUUGGAUAUUUUGUGAAGGAACAUGACUUGUAUGUAGCUUUUAAGAGCUGGUUGAAGGAACGGAACAGAAAAGUGUUGAAAUGUUAAUUUAAGGAAAAAGAAAAAAAAAAAAACCCGAGGGACCCAUCACCCCAGCACUUUACCCACAAUGCAUCUCUCUGUCGUGUACGUCCUCUACAGCGGACAGAUCAGGGACUGGAGGAUUCAGGCGUCAUUUAAAGGGGGUGAUGCUUGAGCCAAGAUGGCCUAAGGGGGUCCCCUCCCCCCUCCACUGGUUGCUUUACACUGAUCUCACCUGCCACCUCGGCCGAAGGACUGUGUCUAUAUAAUUCAGGUUAUUUGCACUGGGUAAGGACAAAGUAUCACACACACACACGAGCAUCGUUUGACUGGCUCGUUCAUCUCAAACAUUCACUGUGGAAGAAAGCUCAUUUUUGCUCAUAUGCUUAAAGCCUCCUUUUAAGCUACAAGAAGGCCGUUCAUCGGUGCAACGUAUUGACCCUCACAAGGUUGAUUGUACAGUUUGACAUUUUGGAAACACUACUGCGCUGUUUACUACUGAGAAAUGCUGGCAGGUUUUAUUUAAAGCGCUGCUUCACAAGCGUAACAGGGAUUCAUAUACCAAGCUCAGCGGAUUCACGACAGCUGUUCUGAUCAUGUGAAGUUGCUUAGGUUCAACGUUUUGGGAAGCUUUGGGGAAAGAGUCAAAGACGGGCAAUGUUGAGCGUGAGGAAACGGCAAGUACACAUUCAAAUUUAGAAACUUGAAUUUUCAGUGAAAACCUGUUGGUUGCUCACACUGCUGCCAAAUACGGCACUGACAUUGCCUGUCUACACUUUAAGGUGAAACUGUGCAUCCCUCAGCCCUCUCCAGUGUGUCCUGUAAAUGUGUAGUGAAUUCCACGGUAGCUACUGUGAACCAGCAACUUCUCCCCACCUCUCAUCCAAUAAUCUUCCCAUGCAUAGUGUUUAUAUCUUCCUUGCCUACAUCCAAAGCCAUGAAGGGACUGCACUCUGUACCAAGUAGUUUUCCCAGUCAGACGUUCUGUUUAGCGGGAGAAAUGACAAGCUUUGAAAAAAAAAUUGGUCGAUUCUUUGGGAAAUGCGCUCGCUUUCUUGCCUUGCCAGCCGCUUAGCAGAGCUUAGCAUAACCGGACACUGAUCCUGUGCAAAAGAAGUGCAGUCCACCUGCCAGCACCUCUGAAGCUCAAUGUAAUUAACACUUCAUAUCGCGCUUGUUCCUGGAGUUGUCUGACAAACUCACAGCGAUGAGAAGACUCCAGGAUGCACGUAGCUCAGAAACAGUCCAACAUGUAGCUCCCUGAAAACUGUGGUUCUGUACGGACAAACCAAACAAGACAUAACUAUGGACUGUAUCAACAGUGGAAGUAGCAUCCAGAUGCAGAAGUGAUUGAGCAUUAUGUCUAAUGACCAGCAGGGGGCGACUCGUCUGGUUGCAAAAGAACAAAACCCACAGUGUACAGAAGACUAUAGGUACAUUGCUCAACUUCUUGCUUGAUUUAUUCGCUCAGUGAACAUUUUCCUGAAGAGUUAAUGGUCUCAAUCGCUAGUUUUAAGCCUCCUUCAAUACAAAAUGAUGUUUGCUUUGUGAAUUUUGGCCCCAUUUCGAGUGAAAUAGACAUUAAAGCAUGGGCUGCUUUAUAGUGUGGCUUGUUCAUCAUUGACAAGUCAUCCUCCAGUUCACAGUCAGAUCCACCCUUCGCUCGUCACUUCUGGCUUCAAAAAACAAACGCUGUCAACAAACCAACGUUUAGCGUCACUGUGGUUACGUCCAUCUAUGAUAAACAGUCUAUUGUUAUGACCUGAUUAUCUGUAGCUUCACAGGCAGGUGGAUUUUCUCACUUUCAGACAGAACCAGGCUUCUCUCCGUUUUGAGUCCUUAUGCUAAGCUAAGCUAAUUAGCUGCUGGCUGAAGCUCAAACUCUAAAGCACAGACAGGAGAGCGGCGUUGUGGUGUUCUCAUCAGACUUUGGCAUGAAAGCAAACGAGCAUAUUUCCCAGGAUGUUUUCCUCGAACUAUUUUUGCGUCAUAUGUAGGACUUUUAUUAUCUUCGACGUUCAGAAACGCCACCUUGGUUGAGGCAUGUGUAACCAGCAAAUAACAACACUGAAGCCAAGUGCUUUUCUCUUUUUUUUUUCUUCUCAAACUACACAUGACUGGUACUAACGCUAAUAGAGGAAGAAAAUGUGUAUUUAAACUGUUACAAGUAAAUAACUUCUUUUUGAGAAGUUCUUUAGUGUA